UAAUAACACGAUAUUUCACAUAAUUGCCACCCAUGCCUUUGUUCUGACAAUAUAUAUGCACAUUGCACCAUGCAGAUGAUGUAACUUCCGAGGAAGAUUCGCUUGAAGUCUUAUUUGUAGGGCGAAUACUCCUCAAAUUAUCCUCAGAAGAGAUUUUCAGAGAUUCUCAUCAACUAUCUCUUUUGUUUUGUUACUAAUAACAAUAUCUAAUCAUAUUUUAUAAUUUUGACCCCUUUUAAGACUCACACCUUCAUAAAUUAAAAUAAUGAAAUUAGAAGAUUGAUUCACAUUUAAGUAGUAGAAUGGAAUACUUUGCAAUUAAUGUGUGAUAUCUGUAUGGUAGUAAUAACUUUGAUUUGUGCUUAUUGCAUUUGAAUGCAUUGUAUUGUAUCACAUGGAAGCGUGUGGUGUGAUGUGAUGUGAUGUGAGGAUCUUUUCGUUUUCAGUGUACGGCACUCUGUAGUUUGUACAGAGAUCAAUAAUGGGCUGAUUCAAGUUUGAAGUUAAAUUAAGUUGUGCAGUGCAGUGCAGUGCAGCAGCCAUGUGAGUUUCUUUUCAGAAUUUCAUCAAGUAGGUGGUGGGUCCAUCAUUUUGUGGCACCAUAUAUCAUAUCAUCGAUCCUUUCUGGAUAUGUAUGGCUUCCCACUCUCUCUCAAUCAUUGUUACACGAUCCACUGCACUAUCAUCAUAUAUAUAUAUACUUGCAUUCUUUCUGUCUCUUCUCUUCAAUUCAAUUCAUCCAUAACAUUGAUCAUAUAUCAUAUAUACUAUGGGUAUUCGUCUACCAUUUAUUGUUCUUCAUGCAAACAAGAUAUUCAAGUCAUCACAUUCACAACAACAUCUACAUAGUAGUACAAAUCAUCAUUCAAAUGUUCCAAAGGGACAUGUAGCAGUCUAUGUUGGAGAGUCUUACAAGAAACGCUUUGUUGUUCCAAUAUCUUACUUAAACCAUCCUUCUUUUCUUGACUUGUUAAACACAGCUGAGGAAGAAUUUGGAUUCAAUCAUCCUAUGGGUGGUCUCACUAUUCCUUGCAAAGAAGAGGCAUUUAUUAAUCUCACCUCUCAAUUGCGUGUCUGUCUCUUGAAACAUUAAUAUUAUUCUAUGACACACGUUUCAAACGUGUUAUCUUUUAUUAGUUGAAAUUUACA